AUGUCAGAUCCAAACAAUAUAUUUCUGACUGUUUUGAGGCUUGUGAAGGGAGCCAAGAGCUUUUGCAAUUUCGUAGUCAAGAAAGUUUACAUGAAUGAAUGGCAGAAAUAUCUUGUUACUGGGGAAGGGAAAGCAAAACCUCUGUCAUCUCUGGCCUCCUCUUCAUCAGCAGAUCAGUUGGGAGAUAAUGGUUAUAAGUGGCCAAAGACACGCAAACCAUUAGAAUCGAUUAGCAUCAGCGAUGAUGAAGGAGAUGAUAAUGGUAGUCACACGAUUACCAACUUUAAUUCAGGCAACAGCUCUGAUGGAGAUGCCGAAAAAGAUGAUGCCGAUAUGGCUACAGAUGGGGAUAAAUCAACAGACAAUUCUGCACGACGGUUUGAAGCUUUCGUAAUUAUUGACCACCCUGGUGAAGUACCUAUUGUCACCACUAGACCCAGAUUGCAGAGAAAAAAUCUGACCAGGGGAAGUUAA